AAGACGCUAGUCUCAAUGUUUUGUGUCGUCAAGCGUUUCUUGCGACAAAAAAGAAACUUCUCAGUUUUUAAGGAAGAUGGCCCGUUUCAAGACGGUCCAUCACGCUUCCGAUGAACAAGUUCGGUUAAGUGAGGAAGAAAAUAGCAUCAACCACCCUCAGAAGGAAUCAUUAAGAUUUCAACUAGAUACAUCUCUGCUAGCUCCUCAUCUUGUGGAUCUUGUUUUGGAAAUCCAACGAACAGCUGAGAGUACCCUUUUCCAUUGGAAAACAUUUCCUCUCAACCUACCCCAGCCCAUAGCAGUUCAGGAAUUCAGUGAAGGUUCAGCGUCAACUAGACGGAAACCGCUGGUUGUAGACAAUCUUUUUGACAUUCCAUCAUGGGAUGACCUGGAUGUUGUAUCUGUUGAUGCACAUGGUGAAGCUAAACACCUCAGCAAUAAGCAGUUAACUUCAGUGAGGCAGCAUGGUAUUACUGUGAAAAAUGGUACAUGGAGAACAUUAACAGCCGACCAGCUACGUUCCAUAAGCAAAACAGGGUUGUUUACCGUCGCCAGUGUAAAUUUUCCCGGCCAACAUCAUACCUGGCGAGUGAAUCCACUUUUGCAAAAGGGCUCAGAAGUAGCAACGGAUUCACUACUCAACACUUUGGCCUGGGCAGCCGCAAUUAUUAAUUUGACAGCUAGCGAGAGGUUCACCGGUGAUGUUUUUAGCAUUCAAGAAUCAAUUCGCAGCCUCCGCAUGGGAUUUCAUCGCUUCUUGGAUUUGAUUUUCGGAAUGCCAACUCUACAGCCUCGGGACUUUGAGUCGCGCCUACACGAAGAAAGAAGCCGUUAUUUAGUGGCAGAGUUGUUAUGCGCGGUUCAUUGCCAAGAAGAAUAUAUUGCCUUGUGUCGCUUUAUUCGCCACUAUCUUGCCCAUCAGCAAGGGGCUGGCAGUAGCGAUCGGUCAUCAGACCUUCGGCAACAAAAACCUCCGCCUCUCCCUUACAUCUUCCAGACACCCAAAGGGUUGCUGAUUGAUCUAAGGCUCUUCUCCAGAGAAAUCAUGGACAAAAGCAAGCCAGUGAUAAAUAGGAUUUUGCAACAGGAGUCCAAAACUCGCUGGUCACGCCAACAAGUAACAGAAAUUAAGGCUGAUAGCAAACGCAACGAAGCCGGACAUAGUGGUCCUGAUGACGACUUUCGAGAUUUGAUUACCGACGAGCCCUUCAGUCAUAUUUGGGAAUCAAUUCGUCAUCAUCCGGAUUUAGAGCAACUAGGACCUGGCAUUGGGCAAUUGCUGAUUGAUCAGGCGCGGGCUACUAUCACUAUGAAAAAAGCCGUUGCUAAAGUGCGAGAAAGAUUUACCGCUGAUCUAAUCCAAGCCGAAUUGGACAUACGUCUACGUCACCCUAUGCUUUCUCUCGUCAAACCGUGGAUGGAAAAACAACUUCACAGCAUUAAAGUGAAGCUGGCAAAAGAAUACCAAUGGAAAUGCCACGAAGAAGCCAUUGAUGCAUGCCGCCUCAAGUCACUUGAUCAGUUUGUUUAUUUCCUUUCGCGGGAUCUCGCUUUUCUUAGAGAUCGAGCACCCAUCUUGAGCAAAGAGCUCUGGGCAGACAAGCAGGCAACGCGUACAUUUCAUUGGGACACUUGGAUAUGGAACCCCCGUGCUUGGAUCAUUCGUCGUCAUUUCCAAGGCGGUGUUGAGGUGAUUCCGACCCACUUGAGUGGAACGCCGACAUCUAUUACGAAUCCAAGAUGCAGCAGCAGUGGCAGUGACGGUCAAGAACAACCUGUUUAUACGUUGGAACGAAGCAGCAGAAGAACAACUACGACGCAGUGGCCGUUCUGGCGUUGGGCGAAUUUCUUACAGCGAGCCUGGGUUUGGUCGUGCAACGGCGCUUAUGCUUGCGGUUAUAUUGUUCCUUGGUGCAGUCCGAUCGGUUUGCGGGCUCUUGUGGCAAGUCAGCCUUUCUACGCCGAUCUUGAAUUGUCGCAAGUGAAUGGCACCCUUUGCCCACGUCGCUCUGCGUACACACCGACCCUAAAUUCGCGUUUAGCUUCCCUUUGGCGUCACAUCUCGAAAUCAAGAACCGAGUUCGAAACGAAACCGGACACAGGUUUUAUGGGAAAAGGCCUAACUCGGCAGCUGAAUAGAGUAUGGAAUUACGGCUUUAAGGGUCUUCUCUGCAGUCUCUUGUUUCUCCUCAUCUUCCCGGUUGUUUGUGUCCUCUGCAGCGCCGGUGGCAUUUGCCUGGCGCUGACGGCUCCCGUUUGGGCUCCAAUUUUCGCCCUGAUCUACCAGGUCUGCAUAAUCCUAAUCUGGGACGUGGAUAAUCCUGACCCUAAACGUGGCCCUCUCCUUCCCAUGAUCCGUGUCCUCGUUCGUGACCUAUUACUCGAUGGACUCCUCCAACCUAUCGCCUGUUUGGUCACUGCCUUCAUUGUUUGUCCGCUGAUUUCCUUUCUCUUGGCCGUCUAUGGGAUGCUGCAAUGGAUGAUCGUACGUUCUCGAGACGCACUUGUCUACAGCCUCGCAAUCCGCCCAAGAGGUCGUAUACCGGCUUCAGAAGGUUUCCUAGUUAAACGAAUUGCUGGACCUGGAUUAAAUACCGAAUUCCACUAUCAGAUAUCAAAAGAACAAGCUUUAGCAGCGUUUGAAGCUCGCCUCGAAUCGGAUCGUCUGAUUGCCUACCGGCGACAAACUGAACGUUUAAUCCGACGUCCAGCUGAAGAAUUCCGAUUGUUCAUUCAACAAGUGUUUUCUCCUUUCUCAGGCACUGCUUGGUCAUCAAAUGUUGCUGUUCAACUGGAACGCGAGACACAAGCUUUGCUGGCGUCACUGGAAGAAAAAGUAGAACGACGUCUGGAGGAACUGAGACUGUCGUUGAAUGCCAACGUCUUGAAAAAGAUACGAAUGUCGUCGGCUGAUCUCAAGAUGGUACUUGUGCGAUCAGCUAUGAUGAUGCGCACUUUUUACCCUUCUGAAAUCCUGGUCCGCCUAGGUGUCAACGAAUCCGAGUUAUGGGAACGUUAUAACGUUGAAGAAGGAGACUGGCUUGCUUUAUCGGCCAUCUUUCUGAGCGAAAUAUUCAGCUCGGCAAUUCUAAAUCCACUUAGCGACGAAGAAACCCGCAUUCAACUCCAGGCGAAGGACGUCAAUUUGUGUCGUUAUGGAGUCAUGCUCACGCAAUCGGAUCUUGACAGCGAACCUUUUGAAUGGCCGCAACGGGCAUUCCAACCAGCGGCCGUUUGCUUACCUGAUUUUUACCUUUUCACUCCGCUCGGUCGCGAUGCUGCCAAUAGUAGCCCGCCAUGGAAAAAGAAAAGGAUGCAGAUGCACGGUCAUUCAAAACGCCUUUCCGAAGGGGUCGCUUCAUGGAUGGGAAAGUCUGUCAUUGUUUCAGAGCCCAGUCGAGCCGGAUGGAACUCUGAACUGUUGGUACCUCUACCGGUGUCCCACCCGGUUCUCAUUUGCAUACUGAUAUACAAUCGACAUCGAGACGUUGGAGCCAUUCCGCUAGAAUCGGAAUCGUGCCGCCUGCUCAUUCGCUACUUGGAAGGCUCAGUCACACUUUCGCGAAGAAAAGAGAACACAAUUUCUCGCCCGCCUGUGGUAUUGGAAGCAGCGGCAAGCAGAAGCCCGGCCAGUCACAAACCCUUGCUGGGAAGCUCUGGAUCGGAUCUAGCGUUGUCUCAACCUUCGUUGGCAGCUGAUUUCUCAAACACGCCCAGUACUAGUCCUUCACAGCACGAUACACUUGUUUCAAUCGCCCAGGACGGCACGCUUUCGUUAGUCGGGACACUCGUCUCGGAGCACGCUUCCGUCGAUAUCGACAUUGGUUUGGAUCCAGAAAACGUUACGCAAAGUUUAUCAGCCUCCAGAGACGUGGACGCUGAUGCGGUACAAUCUAAAGGCCUAGGUUCAACUCUAGCUCGAGCUGCAGAUACGUUGCGAAUGGCUCUUAUGGGCGAGAAAGCCGAAGAGGCACCGUCUGCGUCUGGCAGUCACGGAAAAUUCAGUGUUGAUAAUUUUGAAUUGUUGCCUAGCAGCGACGAACAGCUUGCUGUUGCUGUCACCAACGACAAACGCCAAGAUGUGGUCGAAAAAAGCAAGAAGUUUCCAACUUAUCAACCGGCUUCUUUCCGUAGUUGGCGUAUGAAUCUUCCUGCGCCAAUACGAUAUGAUUCUGAUCCGAGGCUGAGGACAUCGAUUGACUCGAAUCAGGCACCUCCGACAAGUCCUCGACCGUUGGGUCUUUUCGAAUUAAGCAAAGGUUUAGCCCUUGAUCGUGGACCUGCUUUUAGCCCAGCGCAAUUAUCGAUCGGUAGGAGGUUGAUGGAAAGAGGAGAAAUGACGGCAUCGGGCAGCCAAGACAGUCUACCUUUUGCGGAGGAAGAUGCAUCUCUUGUUGAUUCGCCAGAUUGCGAUCUUUCAAAAAAUGCUCCGUUACGAAAACAUCCACCAGAUACUUUAAGGAACACUGGUCAAUCCUAUUGCGAAGUGCAACAACCUCGACCGUCUGCCGUUUUGGCAUCGAUUGAGGAUUUGAGUCUCAGUAUUGACAGUCAACAUACUCACCUAGAUAUUACGUCUAAACUUGGAACUCAAGUUUGAUAUUACUUUUCUUUACACGUUUUCAGUUUAAAUUUCUACACUUUUACAACUGUUGGGCUCGGAAGCGAUCAAAGCCCGAAGCCGUCUUAUGUUUCAAUUAUUGGUUUAAGAACUCGGCGUGUGGCUCGAUAAUCUGUCGCCUUUUCAAUUAGCCAAACUGCCGUGGUAAAACAAAAACAAAAAAAAAAUAAAUAAAAUUAAGAAUUAAACUGGAACAAAAAAAAAAAAAAAAAAAAAAAUAGAUGAUAAUAAUUUAACAAAAAUAAUAAAAGGCAGUUAUGCGCUUACGCUUUUUCCUUGUUGAACACACGGCUAUGUUUCGUUGAUCUUGAUGCUUGAUUUCAUGUUCAUGUUUUUAAUUUUCUAAUCUAUUGCGAUGACUUUUUUCAUCUGCCCGGCGUGCAAUUGUUUCUUUCUACCUUUCCCUUCGCGGUUCUAGUCACUUGAACAAUAUAAAUUUCCUUUUCAUUUUCAAAA